AAACAAAAAAAGGGAGCUGCGUCUAUAUAUAAAGGUGCCAUGUUCAUCUUCCAAUCCCCACCUUCCUCAACUCCCUCGCCCUCUCCAUCUCCCUCUACUUUUAACCAACAGCACCCCCAGUUUUCACUCUGUUAGUGUAAAUCUUUCUUUCUUUUCUCUUUUAACUGUCACCCUGCAGCCCAAGUCAGAAUCAUCCCCAACCCCGAAAAGCACAUUCUCCUUGAUCCGAACGCUCUCUCUCUCUCUCUCUCCCCCUCUUUCUCUUUCUUAUAACUAUAUAUUUUUCAUUUUUCAUUCAUGAAAGAGGACACUAACACCGAACUCUACCAAAACCAACAACAACAACAACCAGGGAGCCAACAGAUGUGCAGAACCAUACAAGUUGUUGCCACCGUUGACCACGUCGACAUGUCGCCGCCGGUCUUCUCUCCGGUGAUGGUCGCUGCCAACACUGGAGAUGACCUUAACUUGAUUCCUCCGUUGAACUUUGCUAUGGUUGACAAUGGCAUCUUCAGGUCGGGUUUCCCUGACUCUGCCAACUUCUCUUUUCUCCAAACACUUAACCUCCGCUCCAUCAUAUAUCUGUGUCCUGAGCCCUAUCCGGAAGCCAACACUGAGUUCUUAAAGUCCAACGGGAUCAGGCUUUUUCAGUUUGGAAUUGAAGGUUACAAGGAGCCAUUUGUAAAUAUCCCAGAGGACACAAUUCGUGAAGCUCUAAAAGUUGUCCUUGAUGCAAGGAAUCACCCAGUUCUAAUUCACUGUAAACGAGGGAAGCACCGAACUGGCUGUCUGGUUGGAUGCUUGAGAAAAUUGCAAAGAUGGUGUUUGUCAUCUGUCUUUGAUGAGUACCAAAGGUUUGCAGCCGCAAAAGCUAGAGUUUCAGAUCAGAGGUUUAUGGAGUUGUUUGAUGUUUCUAGCUUAAAGCAUCUGCCAAUGUCAUUUUCUUGCUCGAAGAACAACCGCGUGUAUUGAACGGCUUUUGCUUUCUUUCGUUUGCAGAGGAGAAUGCUAGGUCCUGCAUUGGAAUAAAUAGGGGAAGGUGAUGAGUUCCUGAAUUGCAUUUUGGCGGUAAAGGAAUUAUUCUUCCUUUUUCCUUUUCAAGAACAAUAAAAGGCGUACAUAGUGGCAAUGUCCUGUUGUGAUGUUC